UUGGGCGCCCUGGAAAUUAGGGUUUGAAAUUCAAAUCUUGCCUUCCUCGCAUGUACGCAUGCAUGCAUGCGAAGAGCUUCGUCAAGGUCACUAAGAACGUCGCGGAGACGAUGACGACGACGACGACGACGACGAGCCAAAGGAAGGAUAGAAGAAGCGAAGGAAUCGAAGAAGUAGGAGCAGGAGGAGGAGAAGAAUAAGUUGAGAAGUUGAGAAUGUGGAUGUUAGAGUAGUUGCGGAGUUGCUGAUCAGUUUUAGGGGCCACGAGAAGUUGAGGAGAGCGCAAUGAAAGGAUGGGAAGCAAGCGGCGUGGAAUCGAGCAUUGAGGGUGAAGGUCGAGAAACGGAGAGGGACAGCCGCAACAGUGGUGGCAGCCACGUGACGCACUUGUUUUGCAUCGGGAUCAAUGUGCGCAGCUUCAAAGCCGCACAGCAUUUGCCGCUGCGUUCGGUGAACGCGUUUGUUCGUGUGUUUUUGCCGCCGGAGAUCGUGCGGCCCGCACUGGAGGUCUGCAAGCUGCCCUCGAGGGUUACCGCGCCGCUUCGGACUCAUCCCCCUGUGUUUGUUGAGCGCGGUACUGAAGUCACUUUUACGAACGGCUAUGUUGCAUUGGAUGUUCCUGCGUCUCCAACUGGCAUGGCAUCUAUACUUGCAUUACAGCCCAAAUUGGUAGCUCAUGUUCUACACCGUGACAAAUACGAAUCAGACAGUGUACUUGGCGUGGCUACUGUACCCAUGACGCGGCUAAUGGAGCAACCAGUGGUGGAUAGUUAUGCUCAAGUUCGGGGUCCCUCUAUUGUUCGAGGGAUGAUUGAAGACGUCAAAAUUGGAUCACUACGAGUUGUACUUGCUAUUGAUGACAUGGGUAUUAUGGGCACUUCUGACAGUGUAAAUCUGAGGACUGGAGCAUGUCCUAGCUUCAUGAACCAACUUCAAUCAGAUGAUCUUUCUAUUGCGAAGCUCGACGAUCGUAUUCCUGCUGGGCUGAACCAUGUGGAACGAGGGAUGGAACCAGUCCAUAAUGUGAGCGAGGCAGAGCUACCUGGAAAGCUGGUGGAAAAACUGCAUGUCGCACGUGAAGCUCCUGGUUACAAAACAAGGAAGAGUUCGUGUCGUAAUGGCAAAUCCACAUCCUCGAAUGGGAGUCUGUUAGGUGAUAGUAAGGAUGGGAAUAUGAAAUCUGAAACUGGAAACGACGAGGAAGUUGUUCGAAAGCGACCAGAAUAUGAGAUGGCUUGGGAGUUCGAGAUUUGGCGAAGAUCUGAAGAAAUUAAGUGGUUAGCGGAUUUGAAGCAGCAAGAAGCCAUCAGGAUGAAGGCGCUUGAGGAGGAAUGGAGAAAGAAAGAGAAAUUAUGUAUUGCAGACAUGCGGAACUUCCAAGCCGAGCAAGAUGAAUUGGAGGCAAAAUUACGGGCAAAGCUUCUUCAACUAGAGAAAAGAGAGAGGACUUUAAAUAUGGCAGAAGAAGAUCUUGUGCGUCGGAAGGAAGAAUUGGAACGAUCAUAUUCAAAUCGCACAUCUGAGGCGCAGGUUGCAAUUAUGAGGCUUCAAUCCGAAUGUGAACAUCGAGUUGAGCUUGAGCGUAGCAAGUUCACUGCUUUGCAACAGCAGUAUGACAUUCUUGAACAGAGAUUAUCAACUUCUAAUAGUUCUUUUGCAAAUUUGGAGGAGCAAUUUCGUGAGUACCAAUCAGCUCAAAGAAAUACCGUGGAGGCUGACCUCUUGAUGCAGAUAAUUGCCUUGGAACAGCAAUGUAACAAUCUGCAACGGAAAAUGAAGUCAGUUCUCAAAUCCAGAAAUGAUUAUAAAUCACAGGUAUUGAGUAUGGCUAAGGAACUGGGAAAGUUGCAUCGCAUGCGGGAGUUUCAGAGACCCGAUAGUGACGCGAAUCGUCAUGUAUUUAAGACUCAAUCCGCAAUUGAAUCUCAGUGUCGAAAGGCAAGAGAGGAUAGGUUGGAGCUGCAACGUCUUGAGGAACAGCUCACUUUGCUACAGCUACAGGAGCAAGAACCAUCCAACAAUCAGAAAGAGUUUCAGCAUUCUCCAAAGCAAGUGGAUUCUAAAUCUAUCGGACAAGAAACCCACCUUAAUGCUCCUGAAAAGAAAGCAGAUAAAAGCGAUACUGAGCACCUUCUCAAUCAGAGGGCGUAUUUGCUUGGAACUGGUGUUUACAGUGUGAAGGAUCGCAUUAUUCAAGGUUUAGAUAAAGCAUGCACAAGCUAAACUUCGUUGAUCCUCACAGUAUACAUUUGUACGAGUGCUCACAAUUGGUUGUGAAAGUAGUUAAGCAUCAAACCUUGUAGCUAGCGAACUUGGUUGCUGUGUGAAUAUUCAAUUCUUGCAGAGAUGUUUUGUGCCUGGAUGAGGCAGCUUCCAGUUUUUAUCAAGUGACAGAAGUGGGUCCAUUUCUGGACUGUCACCGAAGCCUUUGCAGAUGAAGCUUAGUGUAGAAUAUGUUGUAUAUGAAUAUGUAGCAAUUACGUUACAAUAGUUUGUGUCGUCAGAAGCAACUGAGAUUUUGAUGUAUGUGAACAUUACAUGAAGUUGGGUAAUUUCCAAAACUUUUACGAAA